AUGAGCCAGCGGCCGAUGCUGCACCAGGCCGAUGAGCGGCGGUUCCUGGACGAGCGGGGAUCGUCAGCGACAGUGGCACCCAACGGGCUGAACCCGGCGACGAUCAUGGAGAAGGCGGUGCGCGAGCGGAUCGUGGACAGCUACUUCUGGAAGGAGCAGUGCUUCGGCGUGAACGAGGCAGACGUGGUCGACCGGGUGGUUGACCACGUCAACUGCAUCGGCGGCACGACGGGCACAGCGCAGAAGCCGACGCCGUUUCUCUGCCUGGCCUUCAAGCUGCUGCAGCUGGCGCCCAACGACGAGAUCCUGGCGGCCUACCUGCAGCACGGCGGCGAGCGAUUCAAGUACCUGCGGGCACUGGCACUCUUCUACGUGCGGCUGACGCGCCCCGCCGAUGCCGUCUACCGGACGCUGGAACCAUUCCUAGCCGACCGCCGGAAGCUGCGGCGCCGCGGCCGCGCCGGCACGACGCUCACGUUCGUCGACGACUUUGUCGACGACCUGCUGGUCAAGCCGCGCGUCUGUGCCACCAGCCUGUGGAAGCUGCCGUCGCGCGACGUGCUCGAGGACCUGGGCAAGCUGGAGCCGCGGGUCAGUCCGCUGGGCGACAUUGACGAGAUCCUCGACGAGGAGGAGGAAGAGGCGAGGAGGAUGGACGUGGAGGACGAGAACGAUGACGCGAUGCAAAGGGAUCAAGACGACAGGAGCGACGACAGCAGCCACGAUCGCAGGGACAGAAACGGGCGUCGGGCAAGCAGCUAUGACAGCGACCGAGAUGAGCACGAUGACAGGCCUACAGAACAGAGGCGGCCAAGACGAGACAGUAGGGAUGACGACGAUAACUCGUCUGACAGCGGGUCUGGGGCCCGUUCUAGGAGCAGAUGA